GGAGAUCAGCCUACAGAGGGUUCUGCACCGCCUUACAAAGUCCACUUCGUGUACGUGGAUCCAGAAUCCAACACGAUCACUGGAAAAGCGGCUGUGCAUGGCGACGGCUCACCCAAAAAACUGGAUCGGUCAGCCACUACAAUAGAGGUUCGUGGUUGUGUCGUCGAUAAGGAAACGAAC